AUCUAGACAUCUACUAGCAGCCAGGACAGCAAGAACACACCUCCACACCCCCGGAGCAAGUUCCUCCACUCGCAGCCAUGUUCCGCGCACUCGCGUCAUGGCUCACUGCCUUCCUGCUGCUCGUAGGGCUCUACAUGAUUCUGACUGGCGACGGAGAAGCAUUCGAUGUCGGCAAAUUCCUUACAGAGACAUCGCCCUACGCCUGGGGACUCAUUGGAUGCGCCAUGUGCAUAGGUCUUAGUGUCAUUGGGGCAGGAUGGGGCAUUUUCAUCACAGGAUCAAGUAUACUCGGUGGCGGUGUGCGCGCAUCGAGAAUCACAACGAAGAACCUCAUCUCCAUCAUCUUUUGUGAAGUCGUCGGCAUCUACGGACUCAUCAUGUCCAUCGUCUUUACCUCAAAAUUGGCCGCAGUCUCAGGGCCAGAUCUAUAUACAAAGGCCAACUUCUUCACAGGCUACUCUCUUUUCUGGGGCGGUCUCACCGUCGGCUUCUGCAACCUUGCAUGUGGCGUCGCUGUCGGCAUCACGGGCUCCAGUGCGGCCCUCGCGGACGCGCAAGAUCCCAGUCUUUUCGUCAAAGUGCUCGUGAUUGAGAUUUUCGCUAGUGUGAUCGGCCUUUUCGGUUUGAUUAUAGGCCUCCUCGUCACUGGCAAAGCAAGCGAGUUUGCGUAGGGAGUCGGACAGAGGGCUUCGAUUGUAGGUGUGCUCUGCUGGUCGAGCCCAUUCGAUUGUGGACGCCAUUCAAGUCGAGAACAAUGAUGAGAGGUAAGGCUGGGUCAUGCAUGCUUUCAUGAUGCUUGGCCUCAUACACUUGUGCACCUCAGCAACGCCAUCCUCACAUAGAAGGCCAACUUGACAUCUCACACAAAGAAUGUCCAUGAAGGUUGACAUUUCGCACAUAGGUCCGUGACUACAAUGUGCAUCAUGCAGAGCAAUCUCUCCAGAACAUGUAGCGAGUAAGCGUUCUUAUCCAGUCC